CUAGCACUGCCUUCGCACAUGGCGGCUAUUUGAAGGUUUUACUUGCAAUUAUUGUGAUAUGUAGUUGUUUGCACGUGCAUCUGGUAAAUGAACAUGUGGCAAGUUUAGUUCCAGGAAGAAGACCACUUGAAAGUAAUGAGAUUUCAGCCUGUAGGUCAAUACUGUUGGCAUUGAAAUAAACCCAAAGCACUAAGGUUAAUCAGUGCCAUGGCAAGGAGGGGACAGGAGGGAGAGGGCUGGAUAGAGUCUGAUCGUACUGUAUUUAAGGAAUGGGGGAGUUGAUGAUCGAGGUGCUUUGUUUGAUGAUAGACAGAAGAUGAAGUGGGUGUGUUCUGCUGGCCUUGCUGCUGCUUAGUCAGGAAGUGAAGCCAGGGUCGUGUUCACUGGGCACCAAACUGAAGAAAACGAGUAAAAUGGGAGGAAUAAGAAACACAUUUUUGUUUUCUGUUGCAAAACGUUUUCCUACGGUGAGCCCUAAUGAACAUGACCCAGUUCAAGGCUUGCCCCUAUACCAGUCAGAGCUGGCGUCCAUGGCAGAUGAAGCUCUGGUCGUGUCCAUGUCCCAAGUCAACAAUCUGUACGCUGGCCUUCGUCUAUACCGAGUCACCCAUGGCUCUGUCAAAAGGAAUUUGGCAAUACGUCCAAGAGGCCUCACAACCGCGGACCACGUGUAUGGCGUCGAGUGGUUUGCUGAUGUCAACGUUGUGAACAGAGUGCCCCAUAGUGGCGGUUGUUACUUUGGGAUAAAGGAGACAGACUGUCUGAAGAGCUCUGGAGAAGACCCACAGAGAUGUGCUUUGAGUGGGCUUCUUUGUGCCGGCCACCUCCUGCACCACACGUCUGCGCUCUGCUUCAGAGCUCACUCAGGUUGUGGCCAGAACAGCUCCGAGUCAAGUAGUGAAGAGGUGAGAGAGAGGGGAUGCCCAAUAGAUGAAGAGAAUAGAAAGGUGUUUUCACAUUAUUCCUCUUUAAAAGAGCCACUCUCAGUCCUCUUUAAAGUGAGCUCUGGGGAUUUGAAUGAGGACUCAGCUCCCUUGCCAGUUCACUUCAACUUUGUUGUCAAUCUUUUUUGCAUUCAAAUGGCUUUGCUUAGAAUAGAACCAAGGUUUUUUUCUAACAACAUUUACUCAAUGUACAAGCCAUACUAUCAGAACCUGUUAUCGGACAGCCAGGGGUGUCCCUACAUACAUUUUGGAAGCUAAUAAUGUAGUUUGUAUUUGGUUACAAAAUAAUCCAUAUAAAAUGUACAUGUAAAAAUGACUGGUUACAGGAUAAAUGGAAGAACAAAUAAUGCUUUAAUUGGGCUCCCGAGUUGCACAGCGGUCCAAGACAUUGCAUCUCAGUGCAAGAGGCAUCGUUCCAGGCUGUGUCCCAUAGGGCAGCGCACAAUUGGCCCAGCGUCAUCAGGAUUUGGCCGGGGGAGGCCGUCAGAUUUUAUUCUUAACUUACUUGCCUAGUUAAAUAAAGGUUACAUUUUUUUUUAUUAAACUGGGAUAAGCAAUUUCCUAAAUGUGUCAA